GAAGACCACAUGGUCCCUGUGGCUGAUGGGAGGACGCUGCCCUCCGCGAUCGUCUUUAUACCGAUGUUUCCUCGAUUGCGUUCUCCCGUCAACAUAUCUGCGCUCCCUUAAGUACACGCCCGGCCCUACUUUAACAGUAUAGAGGUUCACCAUGGCACGUAAGAAGAUUCAGAUCAAGAAGAUCGAGGAUCCGAAGGUCAAGACGGUAACCUUUGCCAGGCGUCGCAAUGGAUUGCUCAAGAAGGCCCACGAACUCUCAGUUUUGUGCGAUACACGAAUUGCAAUUGUGAUGUUCGACGCGAAGGACAUGUGCCAUGUUUACCACACCGACAAGAACUCAUCGGCAGACGAACAGUUGAAGCGAUAUCUCAACAAGUCGUUUGCCACUAUCGACCCUCGGAGAAAUUAUGAGACACCGGACUUUGCUCAAGAAGACCCUUCAACAGCACCAGUAUGGCGAGUUCAACAGAGCAAUGUCGCGAUCGUCAACACCUACGAAGUGCUACCAGCACCAGGGCAGGGCGAAUCGAAUGACGGAGGUAAUGGCGAGGACGAUGGUGACGAUAUGGACGGAUCGGAGCAACUCUGCGUUCGCUCCAAGCGGUCAUACCACACCAAUGAAUCUCAGCCUGACGUUCAGAGCCCGUUCUUCCAGGGACUACAGUCUCCACCUGUUAGUGAUGUUGUGACUCCGGUCGCUGAGGAAGAGCUUUUCUCUCCCACGGCGGUGAGCGUCAGCAGUAGAUUCUCUACACCAGACCACUCUGGGCUCUGCAUUAUGCCGGAGUCUCCAAUGUCUUCACAAACCCCGGUCUCUCCUGCGGCAUCUAUGUCACAACAUCAAAUGCAAUGGACAGGCCAGUCUACCUUCUGGCCUCAGCAGCAGCAGCAAACGCAACAGUAUCAGAUGAUGCAGCAGUCUGUUAGAAGAGCAACAAUCGCCCCAACUACUCGGCCUGUUCUUCAGCGUGCGCAGUCCACACCUGUGAUCAGGAGAUCAUCUCAUGUGAUGUACAUGAGUCAGCAGCAAGCCAUUCAGGCAGCUGCACACCAGGCUCUGAUGCAAAGCAUGCCUUCAGUCGGUGAUAUGCAGUUCCAGGCUAUCCCUAUGCGACGGGUGUCGACUGAGCGUGCUCAGGUGCCACGCUCUGUACCACCUCAGCUCGCUGGACACCCUUACCCGAACUUGGUGCAGAGACAGUUGUCGCAAUCCCAACUGCCCUCGCCGAACCCGUCGGUUUCGGGUAUGUCAACAAUCAAGUUCGGAGCCGUGCCUAUGGUGAGGGAGGAGACGCUGUCGCCUACUGAGGAGAUUGCUGCUCCCUUCUUCUCGUCGCAACCCCUUCCAACCCCCAGUCAAUCGACAGGCAUGGAGAACCUUGGCCUUGCACCUCCACAAGCAUUCUCACACCAGCGCGGACUGAGUGUCCUUGAUGACAUCGCAAACUUUCAGGCCGAGAUCGACGCGUCACUGGCGCUUGAUCACGCGAUGAAGCAAGAGGACGCGUCGGUGGAUGCCGUGGAGAAAUGGCUUUCGCAGGAUAUGAAGGUGGAGACUGCUUACGUGCCGGGCACGGACUUGACAGUGAUGGAUACGGAGAACACGAAUGCUGCAAUGAUGGCAUGGUAGGAUAUGAGCAUACACGAUCGACGGAGGGCUGGUGAACAGGAUAUGUUGCAUGGGCGGAACGGAGAGAGCAUCGGUCACGGAGUCUAUAUUACUUGGGAUACCCGGCAUUGAACCACUUUGAGACUUUAAACUUGCUAGCUAUAGCCAUUAGCUCAGCUUUAUCUGCAUUCUUUUAUCGAUUUAUGGCAC